CCAACCCUCUGCCCUCCCCUCCGCCUCCGCCCUCCUCCUCGGCCUCCAGCCGCCAGCCAACCGCGCGGCCGCUUGUUCAGCCAGGGCUCCACCGUCUCCAUGACGCCGGGCAAACAAUAUAGUACCUCGGCCGGAGCCGCUAACGCUGGGAUUUGGGGUACAGGGACUCCAGAAACAGCCAGGGAAAGCGGGUGGUCUUCCACUCUCCAGCCAGCCAGUCGUCACCAUGCCCAUCUCUCCGGUAAACAGCCGCAAGCAGCUGAACCUCACGGUAAACAUUGGCUCACAGCCAGGAAAGUCUAUUAGCUUUACUGGCCUAGCAAAAGGAGCUCAAAUGAAAGGAGGAUAUAUUGGUGCAAACCAAAGCAGAAUGGCUAUGUCAAAAACCAUGCUGAUUGUAUCUGAUGUAAAAACAACAGAAAAAAUGACUAUUUCCACUACAAAGACAGCCAUACAGGUGAUUGAUGCACAUGGAGUUGAUGUCACUCCCAGACCUCUUCACCAUCCGGAUCCACAUACUGGUGCAGCAAAGCCAAAUAAACUGUUGACAUCCCAGGAAGGAUCCUAUACAUCAGACUUUAUAGCUUCCUAUAGCCUGUAUCAGAAUACAAUAAAUCCAAGUAUGUUAGGGCAGUUUACAAGGUCAGUUUUAGGAAGCAGUACAGUUUCUAAGUCAAGUGUAUCCACUACUGAAUCAAUGGCAGAAGACCUAGAAGAACCAUCCUAUAAACGGGAAAGAUUGUACAGUUUUACAGAUUUACGAGUUAUGAGGUCAACACCUGGAAAAACUGUAACAAAAGAAGACCUGGAGAAGACGAUAGAGAUAAUACUAACAGAGACAGAAACAAUGAGAUUUUUUAACCUACCAACAGUCAUGGUUUCUGUAGAAUCUGAAGAAGCUGAGAAACUAAGCUGGAGAAACAAGAAUUAUGAGACCCUUUGUCGAAAUAGAUUAGGCAAUGACUUGUAUGUUGAAAGAAUGAUGCAGACUAUUAAUGGAGCACCAAAGAAUAAAGAAGUUCAGUGUGACAGAAUCAUAAAGGAAGACAAAGGCAUAAUGUCCACUGCUUGGGAUUUGUAUGAUUCUUAUAAUGCUAUGGAGCUUUCAUCUCUACCAGUGAAACAACCUACAAUUGAUUCAAGUAGUAAAGCAACUGUGCCUUCUAAAGAUUGGGACCAAAGAGCACCAGGGAGCACUUUAGAAAAAAUUAGUGAAGGUAGUUCUCUAAUGGAUAUAGAAAAUGUAAUUCUGGCUAAAAUCCACAAUGAUGAAGAAAACCACUCAGAUGCAGUAUUGAAAUCUGACAAAUUUCAACAGGACUUAUUUUUUAUGGAACGAGUUAUAAUGGAAAAUAUAUUUAGGCCAAAACUUGCAGCUUAUCGUCAGCUUCCUGUUUUAAAAGAACUGGAACCUGAAGAAUCUGAAAUCUUUUUAGAAGGUGAAAAACUUGAAGAGAUAGAAGAGGAGGUUAAGAAGGAAGAGGAAGAAGAAAUGGAAAUAGGUUCUGAACAGUCAACAAUACCAGCCAAUUUGGAACGACUUUGGUCCUUUUCCUGCGACUUAACCAAAGGCCUUAAUGUCAGCAGCCUUGCCUGGAAUAAAACAAAUCCAGACCUUUUGGCUGUUGGCUAUGGGCACUUCGGGUUUAAAGAGCAAAAAAGAGGAUUGGCUUGCUGCUGGUCAAUAAAGAAUCCCAUGUGGCCAGAGCGUACUUAUCAGAGUCCUUACGGAGUUACUGCUGUGGAUUUUUCAAUUGGAGCUCCUAACCUUUUAGCAGUUGGCUAUCACAAUGGCACUAUUGCAAUUUAUAAUGUACAGAGCAACAGUAAUGUUCCAGUUCUGGAUAGUAGUGAAUCACCUCAAAAACAUUUGGGACCUGUCUGGCAGCUUCAGUGGAUAGAACAAGAUCGAGGAACAACAGGCGAUGACAAAAGGGAAAUACUAGUUUCUAUAUCAACGGAUGGAAGAAUCUCCAAAUGGGUUAUACGGAAAGGACUGGACUGUCAUGAUUUGAUGCGUUUGAGGCGAACUACUUCCAGCACCAGCAAAAGAGUGGAAAAGGAAAAGAAAGGUGAAGCUUUGAUAUCUCGACAAGCUCCUGGAAUGUGUUUUGCUUUUCACCCCAAGGACACAAAUAUCUAUUUGGCUGGCACUGAAGAAGGUCAUAUUCACAAAUGUUCUUGUUCAUAUAAUGAACAAUAUUUAGAUACCUACAGAGGGCAUAAGGGUCCAGUGUAUAAAAUAGCAUGGAAUCCAUUUUGUCAUGACGUAUUCUUAAGCUGUUCUGCAGAUUGGGGUGUUAUUAUAUGGCAGCAUGAGAAUCUCAAACCAUUUUUGAGUUUUUAUCCAACUUCUUAUGUUGUUUAUGAUGUUGCCUGGUCUCCAAGGUCAUCCUAUAUAUUUGCAGCUGCGAAUGAGAGUAGAGUGGAGAUUUGGGAUCUUCACAUCAGCACUUUGGACCCCCUGAUUGUGAAUGUUGCUAACCCUGGAAUCAAGUUCACAACUGUUCUCUUCGCCAAACAAACAGAUUGCCUUCUGGUGGGAGACAGUGAUGGACAAGUUGCUGUGUAUGAAUUAAGAAAUAUGCCCACUGGUUUGGAAUCUAGCCGGGGAGAUGUAAUAGAAAAUUUGCUUCAGCCCAAGUCAAGUCAAAGCAUAACUCAUCAUCAGUAGUAUCUUUUUUGUUGCUGUUUAAAGGAACAGUGUUUAAUAUCCAAUAGUCUGGUAUGUAUGCAGUAAACUGGGAUUUUGAUUUUAGAAAACAAAAUAUACAUUUGAUGUAUAACGUCCAUCAGAAUUUAAUAUAA